CUCUCUCUUUCCUCCUUUCCUCCAAAUUGAAAAUCUGCAAAAUUUUCACACACUAUCCCACUCACAAAUUCACCUACUGACCAAAUUUCAAAGAAUCAUGGUGGACCACAAAAGAAAACGCGGCCGGAAGCCCAAAAUCCCCGUUUCGGAAACGCUAGAACUAGACCAGAACCACACCCCAACAAUUCCGGGCUCAGUCCCGGGCCCGAGCUCAAGCCCGACCGCUAACUCCGACGACGUCGUUUUCUCCGUCAGCAACGUCGAGCUCAUCGACCCGCACCACCACCACCACCACCACAACCAUUCUCAGUCGUCCAAUCACGAGCGUCGCCGCCGUGGUCGCCCACCCAAGAAGACGAAAUUGCCCUCGUCGGAACCCUCCAAAGCCAUAAGAGCCGCCUCCCCUACUCGCCUUCUCCUAGACAAAGCUAACAACGGCCCCACCGCUUCCCUCAUUUCCUCCUCCAUGGUGGCGGCGGGGGAGAGUGUUGCUGCGGGGGCGAGGGUGGUCCCGGCGAUGGAUGCUGUGGUGAAAGUGUUUUGUGUUCACACGGAGCCGAAUUUUUCGCUCCCGUGGCAGCGGAAGAGGCAGUAUAGUUCGAGUAGUAGUGGGUUUGUGAUCAGUGGGAGGAGGAUUUUGACGAAUGCGCAUUCGGUCGAGCAUUAUACGCAGGUGAAAUUGAAGAAGAGAGGAUCGGAUACUAAGUAUGUCGCCACUGUUCUUGCCAUUGGAACUGAAUGUGAUAUUGCUAUGCUUACAGUGGAGGAUGAUGAAUUCUGGGAAGGGGUAUCCCCUGUAGAAUUUGGAGAUUUGCCUGCACUUCAAGAUGCAGUGACAGUUGUUGGGUACCCAAUUGGGGGAGACACGAUUUCUGUGACAAGUGGUGUUGUUUCACGUAUAGAAAUUCUGUCUUACGUACAUGGAUCUACUGAACUUCUGGGGUUACAGAUAGAUGCUGCCAUAAACUCUGGAAAUUCUGGCGGUCCUGCCUUCAAUGAAAAGGGCAAUUGCGUGGGUAUUGCAUUUCAAUCCCUUAAACACGAGGAUGUGGAGAAUAUUGGUUAUGUCAUACCAACUCCUGUCAUCUUGCACUUCAUUAAAGACUAUGAGAAGAAUGGAGCAUAUACUGGUUUCCCAAUACUUGGGGUUGAGUGGCAGAAGAUGGAAAAUCCAGAUCUACGAUUAUCAAUGGGAAUGAAACCUGAUCAGAAGGGUGUUCGUAUAAGAAGAAUUGAUCCUACUGCUCCAGAAUCAGAUUUGUUGAAGCCAUCAGAUAUUAUCCUUGGCUUUGAUGGAGUUGACAUUGCAAAUGAUGGAACAGUUCCAUUUAGGCAUGGAGAACGAAUUGGGUUCAGUUACCUUGUAUCCCAGAAGUAUACCGGAGACAGUGCAGCAAUCAAGGUUCUCCGAAAUUCCGAGACCAUCAAAUUCAAUAUUAAACUCGCAUCCCAUAGAAGGUUGAUUCCAGCUCACAACAAGGGAAAACCUCCAUCAUAUUAUAUCAUUGCUGGAUUUGUGUUUACAACCGUUUCAGUUCCAUAUCUGAGAUCUGAGUAUGGAAAGGACUACGAGUAUGAAGCUCCAGUCAAGCUUCUGGACAAACUCCUACAUGAAAUGCCCAAAUCACCAGAUGAACAAAUUGUUGUGGUUUCCCAGGUACUCGUCGCUGACAUCAAUAUUGGGUACGAGGACAUCGUUAAUACUCAGGUUCUGGCUUUCAAUGGUAAGCCUGUUAAAAAUUUGAAGAACCUGGCCAGUAUGGUAGAGAGCUGCAAUGAUGAGUUCUUGCAAUUUGAUUUGGAAUAUCAACAAAUUGUGGUCCUCCAGACUAAGGGUGCAAAAGCUGCAACAUUGGACAUUCUUACUACCCACUGUAUACCCUCUGCUAUGUCUGAUGACCUCAAGAUAUGACUUCAGAUUUUGCAUGACAAUCUGACUUGCUUCAGUCAUUUUUCCUAGUAUUCUUCUGCUUCGAUUAUUUCACAUUAUUUGAGAGAUAAGGAUCUGGGAUAUCAAUCAGUGCUGUGCUGUAGAAGGGACUUUAGUUAGCUAGUCACGUAUGGUUUUAAACUAUGAUAAUCAAAUGUAGGUAACGAGUGAAUGAGGUGGCAUAAUGGAGAAAGAAGUCAACUUGCAAGCUUCUGCAAUCUCUCUUUCUAUCCUUGUUGCCUCCCAGGUGUUUGUUUUACUUUAUUUCUAUUUUUUGUCUUUUACUUUCAGUAUCCCUUUUUUUUUUUUGGGGUUUUGGAGGUUGUUGCUCUUACCCUUUAGGGGAGUAAUCCAACUCCCUUUUGUUAAGGAACAAAUGUUGCUAGUUAUUGGCAUGCACAGUUUGUUCAGACAAAUAUUAGGAAGAAACGAAUGGGAACUAGGGUAAGAAGGCUUACCCAUCCACUGUAAGAAGAAUGACUCUAGGAUGAAUCAUUAUUACUAGUCAAAAUACAUCUCAUUAUCACCUUCAGUUAGGAGAUCAUUUAAAGCAUGCCCUUUAAAGGUUGAAUUCA